AUGGCUCGUCGCCCUAUGGCAUCUCUUCCUCUCAUUCCUCUGCGGAGCGGCCAGACACUUCAGCGUCUCAUUCCAAACGCCUGGAGCCACGGUCCUAAUGGCGUCGAGCUGUGGUUCUUGGUCGUGCUCUCUUGUUAUCGCGCAAGCCAUGUCGGACCUCAUCUCUUAGCCCGGCUCUGCUGGAGCCCAUGUCGCGACAGCAGGGAUAACAUGGACAACAUGGACGGGCACCUGAUUCUGAAUCCUGGAACCCUUCGUGUUCUCACAAACAUGAACGGGAAGCGUAAGCACAUGUGGUGUGAGACCCCUUUCCCAAUUUCCUUCCACAACCUCGUGUCAUGCGGAGCAGAUAUACGUCCUAAUCUGGUCUAUAUGCACUAUCCUGGACGUCUCCGACGAGCUCUAGUGUCCAGUGACCGAGGGAGUGCCAGUACCCAGCUCAAGGUGACGAUGCUACAAUGGACGAAGACUCGCCUCCAGCUUCGUGGAUAUGUGGCUCAGUGGGGUGACGAAGACAAAGACACGAAUGCACUUACUAGUCAAUCUUCGGAGCAUUCAAUGGAGCCUCGUGUCGUUCUUCACCUUCGGAAACGCGGUGGAUUAUCCCUCAGUAUAUCCUGGACCUUCUCCCGAAAAAAAGGUUUCAUGGUGGAAUUAGAAGGCUAUUACCGACCUAACCAGCUCGGUGUACGUGGGUCUGGCAGGGCUAGGGACCUGAACGCGGGCGCGAAUCGCGUUGGACACUUUCUAAGCUUGCGUAACUUCGGAGGGCUCGAAGCUGUAACAGUGUACGCCGGACUGGCUAAACACGCGCCUAACCAUUACUACCUACUCUUCAUGGACAUCGAUGAAUAUCCGACACUCAAGGUGAGCAACGCCCUUCGCAAUCAGCUGCAGACAGCUAUUGAGAUUCAGAAGAGUGAUAGCGUCCCCAACGAUCUCACUUCUUGCCCGCGCGAGAUAGUCAGUGGCCCCUGGCGAGCGGCUGACGUCGCUCGCUAUUCCGCUCCAGUCGACCAGGACCUUCACAAAGUAUCGGGUCUUCCCACCGCAUCGAAACCCAAUCGUGAGCGAGAGCAAACGCCGUUCGAGGCCCUGUAUCACGUCUCUGAGCUCGAUCUCCAGCUUUGUCUUGGGCUUCAUUCUGGUUUUGCUUGA